AUGCUGGACCGCCGGGCUGCGAGCUACGAACUGCGAACUGCGAACUGCGAACUGCUCGACUCUGACGAGGGGAAGGAGCCCCGGAGCGGGGUGGGGUGUAACUCACAACUCAUCGUGGCUGCCAAAUCCAGAUCCAGAACCGGCUCUCAAAUUCGAUUAGAUCUCCAAGUUCUCCUCUAUCCCAAGCUCGACACCGCAUCAGAAGACGCCUCUCCCGCUCCGGAAUCCACCCAAGGCAAAAUGACCAGUUUCGCAUCGAAGAGACUGUCGAAGGAGCUGUCGAAGAUCCACGGCACGCUCCCGCCAGGAAUCGAGCUGGUCAGCGCAGAGGGAUUCCAAGAAUGGCAACUCGACAUCAAAGUCCUUGACGCAAACCCGCUGUACAUGAACAAGACCUUCCGCCUGAAGUUCAAGUUCAGCCCGCAAUACCCCAUUGAACCGCCCGAGGUAAUCUUCGCCCAGUCGACCGACCGCCCGAUACCCAUGCACCCACACAUUUACUCCAACGGCAUCAUCUGCCUCGACCUGCUCGGCCAGCAGGGUUGGAGCCCCGUGCAGAACGUGGAGAGCAUCUGCAUGUCCCUCCAGAGCAUGCUGACCGGCAACACGAAGGACGAGCGUCCCGAGGGCGACCAGCAGUUCGUUGCCAACAACAAGCGGAGACCGCGCGACAUCGAUUUCUACUAUCACGAUAAUACCGUCUAG